AUGUGGUGUUGGAGAGCUUUUAAAUGGCUUCCAGUAUUGUUGGUAGUGUCGAUAAUAACUUGGUCUUACUAUGCAUACGUUAUCCAAUUGUGCAUUUUUACAAUUGAAAGUACUGUUCAACAAUGUAUUUAUCUCAUAGUUUAUCAUAUCCUAUUGAUUAUGUUUUGCUGGUCUUAUUGGCGGACGAUAUUUGCUGAUAUAAAAGCCAUUCCUGAAAAAUAUAAGUUACCAGAAGAGGAAUUGGAAAGAUUACUUAGCGCAGAGUCAGAAGAUGCACAAAGGACAAUUUUGGAGAAUUUCGCCAAAGACUUGCCUAUAGUAACUAGGACAAUGUCUGGCUCGGUGCGCUAUUGCAACCGUUGUGUGCUAGUGAAACCUGAUCGGGCACACCACUGCAGCAUCUGCUCCCGAUGCGUUCUUAAAAUGGACCAUCACUGCCCGUGGGUCAACAAUUGUGUCUGCUUCCACAAUUACAAGUUCUUCAUGCUCUUCCUUGGUUAUGCGCUCCUCUACUGUCUAUUCGUCAUGUCAACGUGCCUGCCUUACUUCAUUAAGUUCUGGAAGGGGGACUUCGGUGCGGCGGCGAACACGGGCCGCUACCACAUCGUGUUCGCCUUCUUCGUGGCGCUGAUGUUCGCGACGACGCUCGGCUCGCUGUUCGGCUACCAUUGCUACCUCGUCGCCCACAACAGGACUACGCUGGAGGCAUUCCGAGCGCCGAUGUUCAGAGGUGGCGCCGACAAAAACGGCUUCUCCAUAGGUGCUUUCAACAAUUUCAAAGAGGUAUUCGGUAACAGUCCCAACCUCUGGAUGGUGCCAGUUUUUACGAGCCUCGGGGACGGGUGCGAAUACCCGGUGCGGCGCGAGCACCAGCUGCAGACGUUCACGGCGCAGGACGGCCACGGCUACGAGUCGAUGGGCACCACCCGCUCCAGCGCGGAGGGGGACCGAGAGACUGAGAGCUAUGGCGACGGGAUCGUUUACCCCCUGCCCCAACCGGACGAGGACACUGAGUCGCUGCUGAGCUCGGAGCGCUGGGACCGCUGGGGCGAGAGGGCGCGCCCCUUCGACGAGAGGGAGAGCUCUUCAUAUGACGAGCUC